AUCAAAUGAAUUCAUUACUGCAAUUCCUCCCAUAGGUUCCAAAGGGAAACGGCUCUCAGUGCAUUUGGAAUAAACAAUCAGAUGUAACCAAUUAUGGUAGAGGAAUCAGACCUCAGUCAAGAAGUGUAACAUCUUUGGUUGUGAGACACCAGUGAGAGAAGUGUGUGUGUGUGUGUGUGUGUGUGUGUGAGAGAGAGAGAGAGAGAGAGAGAGAGAGAGAGAGAGAGAGAGAGAGAGAGAGAGAGAGUGGGGAGUCCAGCGCGCCCCGGGCAUUUGGUGAAGGAAGCGCGGCACUCGGGAGCGCAUCAGCGGGAUUGAAGCAGCGGCUUUCGGACGCAUCAUGUUGCGCAGACACUUCAAAUCCUCCCCAGGACCAACCGCUCGACAAAAUGACGCCUUUUAGACCAUCCGGACUAAAGGAUCGUCGGGCUGACUCUUUUAGGUGUCUGGAAUUAUUUUUUAGUCUAACCGGGAGAUGUUUAUUCUGAGAACUCAUACUGGAGAAGAGACUAGAAGACUUUAAAAUGCUGUCCGGAUGGGUCGAAGCCUCUUCAGAAAAGGUUCAGAAUCAUUAUUACUGAGAAGAGAACUCUGUGCCAGAGCAUCGGAGAACAGACCUGUCCAUCAUCGUGGCAUUUGACAGAUUAAACACCUCAGUGCCCUUUACAAGUCUGAGAGCGCAGAGAUGCUGAUGUCGCCAGUCACUACUCACUCCUCACGGACAGCGAGUGUGGAGCACUGUCCUGCUUUAUCUUAGCUGUUAGCUGCUCUUUCUUUCUUUUUUUUCUAUUUAUAUCUCUUUUUCUUAAUAUUUACUGUGUAAACAGUUCAAACUCUAAAUUCUGAUUGGAUAAGCCAUGUUUACACAUUCAGGUUUAUUAUUAAUUGAGCAAGUUUCCAUGUUGCUUGGCAACUGUAAACAGCCUAGAGUCAAGGUACUUAAAGGAAAAAUAUAAAAUAGGAAAAAUUUACUCUGAGAAUAAUUAUAAUAAUACAUUUCACUCUUUAUUAAACAAUAGAGAUUGAAAAUGUCUUUAGUCAGAGUGCUGUUGCAAUAAUCCCACUUGAAUCAGUGUGUAACAGUGAUUUUGCCACAAGUAAGGAGGUUAGGUAUGGUAAAAAAAAAAAAAAAUCACUGUAACCCACAAAUUUAAGUGGAUUAUCGCUUAUGUUUCAGUUAAUGCUAAAAAGCAACUGAAAAAAUUUUUCACUUGACUGCUAUUAAAACCUCAUAUUUUUGUGACACACACACAUUGUCUUGUAAAAAAUUGUUUCAGAAAGUAAAACACGUGCAGAUAUGAAGAGUUUUGACAUCAAAAUAACAUCUCAUUUAUUUUUAUUUUCUGUUAAAAUAGGUAAGCGUCUCAAAAUGCUCCUUGUGAGGAAGGUCGUGCCUUACGGGAAUCGUCCAGCUGCGACGAGAGAGGAGGUCAUCUCCGAUGAGCCCUCCAUACUUGCUGCUCUGGCCCGCACACUUUGAAAUCGUCCCUCCCUAAACUCAGAGUGACAAUGUGAUGAGCUCUGCUAUCAUUUCCAGCCCGAGCAUGGACUGAGGGAUGAGAGGGAGUCGCACGAGUUAAUGAGACUAUUGCUCUUGUGUUGGGGAGCUUAGGACAGGCAAUUACAGGAGGAUUACCCAGCGACUUCAACAUCGCAUACUCUCCACAGAGGCAAGCUUCAAGAUCCGCUAAGAACUCCAGUGUGGUGGAUUUUAUUUUUUAUCAUUUUUCACCCUUUUUAAUUACCUGCACUGUUGUUGUCAGAAAAGUUUGCAGAGUAUUACAAAAUGGAGGUACAGAUCCGAAUGUGGAAUAAAGACCUGCCAACUUUGAUCAGCCCGUGGAUACCGAUACUUCUGGGUCUUCACAUGCAUUUCUCCUGGGCCACAACCUGUCCAGAGGAGUGCCGGUGUGACAGGACCUUUGUUUACUGCAACGAGAGGAGUCUAAUGUCAGUGCCUCUGGGGCUAGGAGAGGGUUAUAAGACCCUCUACCUCCACAACAAUCAAAUCAACAAUGCUGGAUUUCCCCUGGAAAUGCACAACGUUGCCUCUGUGGAGACGGUGUAUCUCUAUGGCAACCAGCUUGACGAAUUCCCCGUCAAUCUUCCCAAAAAUGUGCGGGUGCUCCACCUGCAGGAGAAUAACAUUCAGACUGUGUCCCGGGCCGCCCUCGCACAGCUGCUACGCCUGGAGGAGCUCUAUCUGGAUGACAACUCCAUCUCCACCGUGGGUGUGGAGGAGGGGGCCUUCAGGGAGGCCAUCAGUCUCAAGACCCUUUUCCUUACCAAGAACCACCUGAGCAGCGUCCCCGUCGGGCUCCCCGAGGAGCUGAGAGAACUGCGCUUGGACGAAAACCGCAUUGCACUUAUAGCCGAGGACGCAUUUGAGAAUGUGACGGGCCUUGAACGCCUCCUCCUGGAUGGGAACUUGCUCACGGAUGAGGGCAUCGCUCCCGGUGCACUCCAGACCCUCGUAAAUCUCAAAACUCUGUCGAUGGCGCGCAACUCCCUCACGGUUCCUCCUCCUAAUCUGCCUGCCGAAUUUCUAGUCAAGCUCAACUUGCAGGAUAAUCAGAUGAAUGAGAUUCCAUUGACAGCCUUUCAUGGCCUUCAUCGCUUGGAGAGACUGGAUAUUUCAAACAACCAGCUGCAGUCUCUCACACAGGGGGUCUUUGACGGCCUCCGCGGUCUGAGACAGCUCACUGUUCGAAACAACCUUUGGCUCUGUGACUGCAACAUUAAAUGGGUCAUACUGUGGUUAAAGUCCCUGCCAGCUACCCUCAAUGUCCGUGGCUUCAUGUGCCAGAAACCAGAGAGGGUACGUGGCAUGGUAAUAAGAGAGCUAACCCUGGAGCUCAUCCAGUGUCCUAACAGCACCACCACAGUCCCACAGCCCACACUGCUCUCUUCCUCCACCGCUGAGUCAGCCACUCAAACGGCCUUCACACCCGCACGCUCCCAGCCUACACCCACCCCUUCGCCUCUCACACUUCUCCCACCGACUGCAGGCGAAGACAGGGAACAGAGGACGAAUGACCCGGUCGGCCCGAGGCAGGAGUCUCUACGCGUUUCUUUUGCGGUGCUAAACGGUUCGUGUAUUCAGGUAAGCUGGGUAUCGACAUUUGCCGUCACAGCCUAUAAGGUGACCUGGGUCAAGAUGGGUCACAGUUUAAUAACAGGCCCCAUGCAAGAGUCACUUGUGGGGGGUGAACGUGAGGGAAUCGCACUGGCAAACCUAGAGCCCAAGUCCACCUAUCGUAUUUGCGUAGAUCCGCUGGACACGCUCAACAAUUACCACCCAGGAGACGAUACGAUUUGCUCGGAGGUGAUGACGAAGUCCGCUUCCUUUCACUCCGGCGAUAACACCACUGGGCCCGAGCAGGCGACCCAGCAGGACCCCAGCUCGCCUUUCCUACUGGCUGGCCUGAUUGGCGGGGCGGUGCUUAUGGUCCUGGUGGUCCUGUUGAGCAUAUUCUGCUGGCACACGCACAAGAAGGAAAGGUCAGAUUCGUCAAAAUGGAAAUACAGUCGGGGCAGAAGAAAAGACGACUACUGCGAAGCAGGGACUAAAAAGGAUAAUUCUAUUCUGGAAAUGACUGAGACUAGCUUUCAGAUAGUUUCUUUGAAUAAUGAACAGCUGCUCAAGGGGGACUUUCGCAUUCAACCGAUUUACACCCCUAAUGGGGGUGUUGGAUACAGAGACUCUCAAAGGAGAAACAAUAGCACAGCAUACUGCAAAAACAGUGUUCCAGAAUCUGAUACAUGCCAUAAAUGAUGAUUUUAAACAGAUAACGUCAUUUGUAUUUAGAUCUGACUCUUAAACGCACUGUAUUUCAGAAGACAGGAUGUAAAAUAUGUAAUUUAUAUUCUGAACAAUAUCGCCUUCUUUUUUUAUCGCUUAGUAAAACUAAAAUUGAUUUAAGAAUAUUUACUUUCUAUGUUCUGUUUCUACAAUCCAAGCUCAUAAAAAUAUAGUAAGUGGAUCUUAGCAACCGGCAAUCUUUAAGCACAAAUCAAUGUCAAGUGCCCUCUUUUUUAGGAAAUGAAAGAAUGGAAGGAG